GAGCAAUGCCGUAAGGAGACCGGCUGCAGCAGCAGCAGAAGAGCAAUUGGCGAAAGAACGAGCGCAAGAGGAGAGCAUUGCAGUGCAGCGCGAGGAGCAGCUUAGGCAGAAGCAACGCAUUGAGAAGGCGCAACAGCUGCUGGAACAACUGCGGCCGGGUCCACGUGAGCUGCACUGUGCCAAGCUGCAAAGCGAGGUGCUGCGCGGUAUCAUUGCUCAGCGGCAGCUGCAGACACAGUUUGCGGCAGCCAACGAGCAGCAGAGCAAGCGCUGGACAGACGCAUCUACAGCGAACAGGUGUUCAACGGGCUGGAGGAGGCGCAGUUGCGCCAACAACAGCGAAGCCAGCAGCUGGGCGAGCACAAGCGCGAGCUGCUCAAAUCCAUCGAGCAGCGUCAGCUGGAACGCAACGCCGAGAAAGCUGAGCAGCAGGGAACUGGAACGUCUGGAGCGACAACGCAAUCAGCUGCAAGUGAAGCAGCAGCUGGAUAAGGAGCGCACGGAGCAGGCUGCCAAGGUGCAGCCAGAGACGCCAUACGCCUUGGCAUCGUUGGAGUCAGCUGAGACACCAACGGAAGCAGCAGCAGCUGCUGGACAAGGUGGACUGGCGCUAUGUGAGGUGCACAACGAGGCCAAAGCCAGGCUGACAACCUGA